AUGAGUUUCUGUCUGAAAAUUUUCAAGUGUUCUUUUUUCUCUUUGGCAAAUUUUUUCACGUUUUCACAGAAAUGGCAACGCACAAACACAAAUCUGUUCUAUUUAUAUUAUGUAUUUCUUCAUUUUUUUCCCUCCUUGAAUCCUCUUCACAGAAAAAGCUUCAGUUGUUUCUCUCUGCAAAUCCACCAUCGCUCAAAUGAUCUACAUUGUCCCAAUCCAUUUCUAAAUCUGUCGUUCUCACUCUACAAUGAACGGUGUCUCCGACGAUUUCUCUGAUUCCACCCAGCGACCCGACUCGGACAACGACCAACGAGUAUACUUCGUCCCCUACAGGUGGUGGAAGGACGCGCAAGAUUCGAUGCCCGGAGAUUUGGGUUCGAAGAUAGGAAUUGUGUAUACGGCUUCGCCGGGUUCCUCGUAUACAGGUUCUAUGAAGCUCAUCAACAACAUCUUCAGCUUGGAUCUUGUUUUCAGUCUGAGAAAAGAGGAUUCUGAGCAGGGGGGAAAUGGUGAAGUGGGUGUAUCCGGGCGGGACUAUGCAUUAGUCCCCGGCGAAAUAUGGGUGCAGGCACUUCGAUGGCAUAGUGACUGUAAAGUAGCAAUGAAAAAUGGCAAGAGUUUUUCCACCACAGAAGAUGAUAUUUCCAAUGUCUAUCCUCUAAAACUACGACUUUCUGUUAUGCGGGAAAAAAACUCAUUAGGAGUAAGAAUAUGCAAAAAGGAGAAUGCAGGAGAACUCUUCAGAAGAGCCUACAAAAUCUUCAGUGUAGAGUCUGAACUGUUACGCAUCUGGGACUUUUGUGGGCAGACUACCCGGUUUUUUAUAAAUGAAAGAAAUGAGUUUCUAAAAGAUUGCCACCGGCUGUCAGAUCAUGAUUUUGUGCUGGAGUUGCAAGUUUAUGGAUUGUCAGAUUCAGUGAAGUGCAAGGAUGGGAAAAAUGAGAUUAUGCAGUAUUCUGCUCUGGCAAAGUCGUCUGCUAGUCCUUCACUGAAUCUUUGUGUAGGCAAUAUGAAUUCUAUGUUCAGUCAUACAAAUUCUGGCGAAGCUGGUUCUUUGGGAUUGACUGGAUUGCAAAAUCUUGGAAAUACUUGUUUCAUGAAUAGCGCUCUCCAAUGCUUCGCCCACACACCAAAGCUUGUUGAUUAUUUUCUUGGAGAUUAUGGUAGAGAAAUGAAUCACGAAAACCCACUGGGCAUGUAUGGUGAGAUUGCUUUAGCAUUUGGAGAUCUGUUACGGAAGUUAUGGGCUCCUGGAGCAGCUCCAGUGGCUCCAAGAUUGUUCAAGUCAAAGCUAGCUCAAUUUGCUCCUCAAUUCAGCGGCUAUAAUCAACAUGAUUCCCAAGAGCUCCUUGCUUUUUUGUUGGAUGGGCUCCAUGAAGAUCUCAAUCGUGUAAAAUGCAAGCCUUAUAUUGAAGCCAAGGAUGGCGAUGGUCGCUCAGACAGAGAAGUAGCUGAUGAAUACUGGCGGAAUCAUUUGGCUCGUAACGACUCUAUAAUUGUUGAUGUGUGCCAAGGUCAAUAUAAAUCAACAUUAGUUUGCCCUGUUUGCAAAAAAGCCUCUGUGACAUUUGACCCAUUCAUGUACCUUUCCCUACCUCUACCUUCAACAACAAUGCGAACAAAGACUUUAACAGUCCUGAAUACCAAUGGGGGUAGUAAGCCAUAUCCAAUGACUUUAACUGUGCCAAAGUAUGGAAAAUGUGAACAUCUUAUCAUGGCUCUGGGCUCUGCAUGUUCUUUAAGGGCUGAUGAGACUUUAUUGGUGGCUGAGAUAUACAACAACCGAAUUAUACGCUAUCUUGAGGAGCCAGCUGAUUCAUUAUCCUUGAUAAGAGAUGAUGAUCGACUAGUAGCCUAUCGAUUAGCAAAGGAUACUGGACAAGCCCCUUUGGUUAUCUUCAUGCAUCAGCGUGAGGAACAGUACAUCCAUGGAAAACUGACUUCAAGUUGGAAGGCAUUUGGAGUUCCUCUUGUGGCCAGACUUUGUGGAUCUUUGGGUUUGUCUGAUAUCUGCUCUCUGUAUCUAAAAUUGCUUAAUUCAUUUCGAAAACUUGCUGAAGACACCACAGAAGAUUUUGAUAUCUCUGAGGGCACCGUAUCUGAUGAAGUUACUGGAAUAGAGGGUGCAGAAUGUCUUAUUGGUGGAGGUGUGAACCCCUUUAAAGUCAAAUGGAUUUGUCUCAGCCUCCGAUGCUGAACUGCAAUUUUACUUAACAGAUGAAAAGGGAA